GGUUAGGAAGCGUCGCAGACUCAUAAUUGUCUUUCUAGGAAUGAUACUAGAGAAUGGAUGAUCCACGACACGAUGAUAUGGUAUUUACAUCAUCCACAACUGAUAAAGACUUUGGAGCUCUUGUUUCUAUCAAUGGUACAGCGGAGAAACCCCAAUCAGAUUAUUGUAAUGAAGUGAACGACAAACUUCGUUUAGCUGAAGAUGUAAUAAAAUGUCUCGCUGAAAGAUGUGAAGAACUGGAAAGUUUAAGCGAAUAUCUUCCGUGUGUUAGAAAAGAAAUUCGUGGCCAAAUCGAACAGAGCAUGCAAAUGAUACAAAGGUCUGUAAGUGAAAGACACGACUAUCUGUUAAAUGAACUUGAUUCUUGUUUGAGUGUGAGAAAUGAAGCUAUAAAUAAGUUACAUACGGAAUUCGAGACUCGACUUCAAAGACUAUCUUCACACGUCGAUCUUUUGAAAAGACUUUUACAUACACAACCCACUAAUGAAAUCUCCUAUCAAACUCAAAAGGUUAUUCAAAACACAGUUUCAAGAGAUCUUGCUACUCAAAAACAUAAAGCUGAAAUCGAAAAGCUUAUUUCUGCCCCUGUACCUUUGCACCCAUCUGAAACUGAUACUAUGUCAUUCUUUCCCACUGAUUUAGAUCAGGUUUUGAGUAUGGUUAAGUGUGUUGGCUCUCUCGGCUUAACUGCAGUUGAUGCUCAAAAUACGAGCUUAUCUGAUAACUACUUGGAUCAUUUUGUCUCAGUCAGACGCUGCCAAGCGAACGAAGAAGUCAAAGUCGAUAUUAUCACUAAUGACAGGUUGGGCCGUGCAGUAGCGAAUGCAUCCAGUAAGGAAUUUUCAGUCCUCUUAACUCAGAAAAACAUCAGUGAGAUGGAGGUUGGAAUUCAAGAAAAACAAAUAUCAGACAGCGGUUCUAGUCUUUCACUUUAUAGCAAUCACAAUGGAAAUAACAUUCAAGGAAAUAAUUUACAAGUUGUUUAUAAAAUUUCUCAUCCUGGUUUGUACGAUCUUAGAAUUAAAUUAUUUGGUGAACACAUUAAAGGAUCUCCUUAUUGUAUAAGUGUUGAUACUCCUCCUAAGGCAAGUCUACAAGCAAUAUCUGAAACAAUGAGAGAGAUUAGUGAACUACCACGUCGUACACUACACAGAAUUCAAUCUAGAAGACGUUGUCAGUCUGAACCUGCUUAUUCAAAUCUAUCUGAUCAGCCAACAGCAUUAGCUGAUCUACAUAAAAUGGAAAGAGGUGACUUUUUAUAUUCCGUUGGUACAAAAGGAAGAGGUAAUGGUGAAUUUGCAAACCCAUCUGGAAUAUGUAUUACAAGAGAAAAUAAAAUACUUGUCGCUGAUAGUAACAAUGCAUUUAUUCAAGUUUUUACACUUCAAGGUCAAUUUAUCUUUCGUUUUGGAGAGUAUGGAUAUCACCCUGGUCAGUUAAUGCGACCGGUUGAUGUAGCAGAAACAAUCAAUGGGAAUUAUCUGGUUUCAGAUUAUGAUUUACACUGUGUGACGGUAUACAACACUAGUGGACACUACAUGUCUAGAUUUGGCCAACGUUACCUCUCUGGUCCUAAAGGUAUGGUUGUAGACAGUCGUGGACGUAUUGUGGUAGUCGAUCAAAAAUCUUGUAUGAUUUGUAUUUUUAAACCAACUGGAAAGUUUAUCAAUCGCUUCGGUGCACGCGGUCUAGCUGAUAAUCAUUUUGGCAAUCCAAUAUUUAUAGCUGUCAAUUCACGAGAUGAAAUAUUUGUCUCAGAUCAUGUACAUCAUUGUAUUAAAGUAUUUGAUGUAAAUGGACUAUUUUUAUUUAAAUUUGGAGUGAACGGAAUUGAUCCGGGUAUGUUACAUGCUCCAACAGGUAUUGGAUUUGAUCGAUUUGACCAUAUUUAUAUCAGCGACUGGGGGAACAAUCGGGUACAGGUUAGUAUAAUAAUAAAUGGAAUUCAUUCAUGCGCUUAUUAUAAUAAUUGUAUGUAAAAAAAACUCCAGUUGAUAGCUUUUAUAUUAAUUAUUGAUAUAGUUAAGUUUAUAUAAAGCCUUGGUAUUAAAGUUUUGAGUUACAAUCUAAAAUAUAAAUUUUUGUUUACGAAGAAAUGUCCAACUAUCAAUAAAAUAUAUAGGUGUUAUAAAGCUGUAAAUUUGAUUGGUUUACAGUUGUUAUAGCUCAGUUAAAAAAACCCAUGGAUUUUUGGCAAGAAGAGACAGUCCUCUGUCUAACUUAUGGGUAUAAAUUUCUUACGAUCUAAAAAUGAAAGUGUCGUCGCAUGUUUUGAAAUUGCAUUUUUGUAAGGAUACUAGGCAGAUGUUUUCCCCGGCUUAGUAUCGUGCUGAAAUAUGUUUAGCUAGUUAUUUCUUAACUGUUUACUCAGUGUUUCAGAUAACGAAGUUGAAUAAAAAGACUAAAAUGUUUUCGUAGUUACUGGGUAUAAUUAUUUGAAAGUCAAAUGUUAUUUGUGUAAAGGAUUUUAAUAAAUUUUGUAUCUUAAGCAAUGUGCAAUGUCUCAAAAUUAUACUGGAAGGGUAUAAGCGGAAACUAUGUGUGUAUGUAAUCAACUGCUAUUACGUUUUCUCUUAGAAAAGAAGGUUGAAAAAUGGUCUCCUAGAUACCUAAUUGUUAAUCAUUUGACAUCUGGAUAGUAUCAGUUGCUAUAUACAAAAUAUGAAUAAAGGAAGCAAAUAAUAAGAAGUCUUCCUCCAUAAAAUACUUUAAUGUAUUCACCGUUGGUUUUUAUACAUUGGCGACACAAAUCGGUGAUUAUAUGCUGAUUUUGAAAGUGUCACAAUAAAUUUUACUUCAGACAAGUGAAAAAUGUGAUCAUAAUAUCACAUUUAAUUUGUUCUUAAAGGUUUUUUAAAUAUGAAUACCUUUUGUAGCAAAAUAAUCGAUUAAAACAGUCUAAUGUAAAGAUAGUAAUUACUUCCAGAUUGAAUGAAUAUUUAAUUGUAGACAAGUGAAACUAGGUGUCCAGAUUUUAAAUAUUUAGCCAUAUAUUACAGUAAAAUAAUGAACCUAGAUAUUAUUCUAUAAGAUGAUCCGAAUGUGAAACAUUAAACUCGAUAUUAGAAUUUUCCUGUAUGCGAUAAAAUUUUAACUUGAGAUUAGACUUGCAUAAGGGGAUGGUAUUCGAUAUAGAUAAAAAGAUAGAUUAUGAUUUACUUCACUAAUUUUAACUAAUUUAUAUACAUUUAUUGUAGUUUAUGUAUUUUAAAUCAAAAUUACUAAUAAUAUCUUGCCACAGUUGAUAAGCAUAUUUAUGCGAUAGCGAUAGUUCUUAGAUGACAUUAAAAGCAACCAGCAUGUUAUACGUUAUUCAAUUGACUCACGAUCUCAACUAUUAAAAUUACUAUAAUAUCCACAAAAUCACUUCUGAUACUAUUCACAAUAUACUCACUAGUGACGGUCUCCAAUACGUAUUUCCUGGAGUUCUAGUGAGAAGCAGUGACCAAUGGAGUUCAACCGGGUCAGUUGUGAGAUACUAAAUCACUGGAUACAAUGUUGAAUGUGUCGCUUAAUUUCAUGGAUUAGUUGAAGUUAGACAUUAACACCAUUGGAUAUCGGCUCAAUGGUCUAGUGAUCAAGCGCUCGCAUACGAGACUGAUAGGCCUUGGGUUCGAAUCUUAUGAGGUGGUAUCUUUGAUGCGCACUACUGAAGAAUUCCACAGUAGGAUGAAACGGCCGUCCAGUGCUUCCAGAUUUUCCAUGGUGGUCUAGCUUCAAAAUUAAGGUAAAUACAUUUUUAGGAGGUUGAUAAAAAUACUAUAAAGUUCCUAUUAUGCGAAAUUGUACGAUACUCCAAAAUAGUGAGUAAAUUCUACACACAUAGUAGCAAACGUAUUAUUUACAAAAAUUAUUAUUUUGUAUUAAUAAUUAAAGUAAUAUAUGCUUUCAGGUAUUUGAUCAAACUGGAAACUAUUUACGUAUGAUUGACAGUAAACUGGAGACAUUAAGCGGUCCUCAAGGUUUGGCGCUGCAUCAAGUAUCCAAUAAACUUCUUGUUGUAGAUCCAGGCAAUUAUUGUUUCAAGGUAUUCAAUGCCAAUUCAACAAAAGAUCAAGGCCGACAAUCAUCCAUAUUCGUCAGUCGGAAUUAGUGGUUCGAUGAUCACAAAUUUGAAAAAAAACAUUGAGAUUUCAAUAAUGCCUUUCUUAUAAUUACAAAACUAAGCUUCCUUAAUCCUACCUUUCUCUCCUAUGUACAAAAGAUGACCUAAUGGAGCAAGUUUUCUUUGUAUAGGAUACUUUUUAUGAAUUUCCCUUGGAGACUACAAGAUUUUCAUCAUAAUAUUCUUUAUCACGAAUUUAAUCAAGUUUAUUUGAAUAUUUGUGUAUGCAUUUAUAUUUAAGAAAUGGUGACAUAUACCUCACAUUUUGUCAGAUAUAUGAACACAUUCAUUGAGAAAUCGCUCAGCUCAAUGGCUUUUUAUUAGUUACCUGGAUUUAAUUAACUUUCAAUAUUAUUCAAAAUACUUGAUUUACUGCAAAAUUUAUUCUUAAAUAUUCAUUUGAAAUAAGUAGAGUAAUAUAUAAUUGGUAGGUUGAAUUGUUUCUAGCUUCAUUUAACAUUUCUCAAAGAUGAUUUAACGCAUAAACUUCUAGUCAUAGGUUAUUAUGUAAAUAAAAUCACAAAUGAUUUACAGUCUUUCUGAAAAGAAAAUCUAUGUUAGAGCUCACAUUAAUUUAUCAUAAAUACAUCAUUUAUCAAAUGUAAUUAUUGGGAACCAACUUCAAUACUCUGUCAUAAUGUGCAAAAUAUCAAUUGAUAAUUU